AUGGGUACUCUAUCAAACUUUUUCUCUAUAAUGGUUUUGCUUCUGUUUACUUCUUUUGUGUUCUCAGUUUCUCUGGGAAUGCCAAGUUCAAUUCAUUGCAACUUUCUUCAUUGCCUUGACCAAAGUUCUCAAAGUUCUAUACCAGUCUAUACCCCAAACAAUUCUAAUUAUUUGUCUAUCUUGAAAUCCACUAUACAAAACCUCAAGUUCUUAUCAUCCACUACCCCAAAACCCCAUCUCAUCAUUGCACCUUUGCACCAAUCCCAUGUUCAAGCAAUUGUAGUUUGUUCUAGAAGACAUGGAAUUCAGAUCAAAGUUCGAAGUGGAGGUCAUGACUAUGAAGGCCUGUCUUAUGUAUCCGAUGUACCGUUCCUUAUCGUUGAUAUGUUCAAUCUUAGAUCCAUUACUGUUGACGUUGAGGAUCGUACUGCAUGGGUCCAGUCUGGUGCAUUGCUGGGUGAACUUUAUUACAGAAUUGCAGAACAAAGUCAUGUUCUUGGUUUUCCUGCAGGAGUUUGUCCUACUGUAGGUGCAGGUGGAUACUUCAGUGGAGGCGGGUACGGUGCUAUGCUAAGGAAAUAUGGCCUUGCAGCUGAUAAUGUUAUUGAUGCCCAAUUAGUAGAUGUCCGGGGAAGAAUUCUCAGCAGAGAGUCCAUGGGCGAAGACUUGUUUUGGGCUAUUCGUGGAGGCGGUGGAGGGAGCUUCGGAAUCAUUAUUUCGUGGAAGAUCAAAUUGGUUGAUGUGCCACCAAUUGUAACUGUUUUUACCAUCAGCAAAAUCUUGGAACAAGGUGCAACUUCAAUUGUCCAUAAAUGGCAAGAAAUUGCACAUAAACUCCCAAAUGAACUCUUCAUUAGAGUUCUCAUAAAACCAUUAAACUCUACUAAGAAAAUGGAGAAAACAGUCCAAGCUUCAUUCAACUCUUUAUUUCUUGGAGAUGCAGAGAAGCUUUUGAUUUUGAUGAAAGAUCGAUUUCCUGAGCUCGGUUUGAGGAGGAAAGAUUGUAUCGAAACGAGUUGGAUUCGUUCGACGCUCUACUUUGCAAAUUAUCAAGUCGAAGCAACUCCAGAUAUUUUACUGAAUAUGACUCAAGCUAAAGAGUUCUCCAAGGGAAAAUCUGAUUAUGUGAAAGAACCCAUUCCACAAAUUGGAUUACAAGGGAUAUGGAAAAGACUAUUACUACAAGAAGACUCAUCGCUGACAUUCACUCCUUAUGGUGGAAGAAUGAAUGAGAUUUCAGAAUACGAAAUUCCAUUUCCACAUAGAAAUGGCACAUUUUAUCAGAUCAUGUACAAAGUGUCUUGGAAAGAAGCACCACGGUUCGCAAAACAAUUGAGUUGGAUUAGAGAACUAUACAGUUACAUGGCUCCAUAUGUUUCCAAGAAUCCGAGACAAGCAUAUGUCAACUAUAGAGACCUUGAUUUAGGCCGAAGCAAAAAUGGAACAACAAAUUACUUAAGAGGUAGAGCUUGGGGAACAAAGUACUUCAAGAACAACUAUGAAAGAUUAGUGUACGUUAAAAGCAAGUAUGAUCCGUAUAACUUCUUUAGAAAUGAACAAAGUAUUCCAACUGUCGCACUGCCACAACCACACACCAGAGAAGCUGCGGUUGAUUACAUAUGAGUGAUCCAGGGGCUCAUGGGUCAAUCAUCUCCAUAUGGAACCGACAGGAGCAAAAUCAUGUUCAACUAAGCUCGCCUCCUGUUCCAAACCAUUUUUAUGCUCUCUAUCUAUCUUUUGGUAUGGUUUAAGUCUUGAGGAAUCUUACUUAGCACUAGAAAACAAGAGUUA